AUGGCAGCGUUCUACACAUUCGAAGAUCUCUCCGGCGCCUCCAGCAACGGAGUCAAAUCCGAUAACCCCUACCAAGAUGUCAUCGACGCAUGUGAGAACAACGCGACCCAAAUCCAAGCCCGCUACGCCGCGCACCGCACGAACCGCAACGCCCAACAGCGGGACAAGCUCCUCUCGCCCGACUUCCAGGGUGUCACGCCCGACGAGAUCCUCGCGAAACUCGAGGACCCCGAACUCGAGCCAGGAUUCCAAGACCCGCGGCACUGCCUGGUGUUCUGGGCGAGACCGACACAGAGGGUGAGGGAUCUGAUCGUCGAGGUGCAGAGGAGGUUGCGGGAGGUUGCGCCGAACCUCUGGCUCAUGCCCUCCCCAAACCUCCAUAUGACCGCCCUGGAAAUCACCCACUCCCUCACCGCGCCGGAGAUCGACGCCUUGGUCGACAAACUGCUCCCGCACGCCCAGCCCAUCGCCGACUACCCGGCGUCCCACCGCGCGCGCCUCGUGAAGCCCUGCGUGAGUUUCGACGCCCAGGCCCUGGCGCUCUCCUUCCUCCCUGCUGCCGGCGAACCUCGCAGCGAGAGUGGAGACGGGAAGCAUGGCGAUGGCGAUGGCGAUGGCGACGGAUACACAUAUCACCAUCUCCGCCGCGACAUCUUCGCCAUGGCGAGUCGGACGGACGUCACGGUCGCGAGCCGCUACGUGAUCCCCUCGGCGCAUCUGACGAUCGGGAGGUUCGUCACCAAGAAGGAUUUCGAGGGUCCUGAUGGGAGAGUUGAAAAGGAGAAGACGAGGGGCUUCGUGGACGCCAUCGCGGAGGUGAAUGCGUGGUUGGAGAGGGAGUACUGGCCGAAGGGAGACGGCACUGCCGGGAAGGAGGGAGGGGAGUGGGUCGUGGGCGAGGAGAAGGGGUUGGAGUUCAGGAAGGGCGCGCUCUGGUACGGAGCGGGCGGGGAGACGGUGCUGCUCGGGAAGGGGUUUUGA